AUGGACAACAAUAACAACAAUAACAAAUCCCCAGAGCUGGUCAUUUCAGUACCACACAACAACUUCAAUCUCAGCAACAUCGAUUUAAAGCGGCUCGACUCGUUAGACAAAGCUUUCGAAGGUGACCGACAACACAAACCCACCACCAAACCAUUGAUUCAAAGGGUUCCAUCGACCCUCGGCAUCCCCGAUGAUUUCACCAAGUAUUUCAAGCCGAGGGUCAUCUCGAUCGGACCCAUCCACCACGGUGAUCCCUCUCUAGAUGACUCCGAGCAGCUCAAGCUUCGAUUAGCGGCUCAUUUCGUGAGGAACAUCGGGGUCGAAGAGGAGAUGCUGUACAACGCGAUCAAGACGGAGAUCGGUAGCCUGAAGGAAUGCUACGAUCAGAAGUUAUUGGAGCCAUAUGAUGAUGAGAAGCUGGCCUGGAUGAUGUUCCUCGACGGAUGUGCGAUCUUACAAGCCAUUUUACAAGGGUCCUAUUGUUAUGAUCAAAGUGGUUCUUCGAGUACUAAAAUGAUCAUUAAACAUGACUUGCUUACGUUCUUGUACUUGGAUAUGUUCUUGUUGGAAAACCAGUUGCCUUAUCGUGUUCUUGAGUUGUUGAUCACAAGCUCGAGCAGCAGCAAGAAGGGUUUGUCCAUGAAAAUGAUCGAAUGGUUCGUCGAAGAAAUCGUUAUUUUCCCGGCAGAGAUAGAACAAGAAACACCAUUAAAGCAGAAAGGAGAGCCGGUUCAUCUCUUGGAUCAUCUGAGAAAAAGAUUGAUUCUCAAGGAGGAAAAGAAGACAACCCUUUUGGAGAAAUUAGGGUUCAUGUGCCAAUGUCAUUUGUUUAGCAUCUCCAAACACAGAACAAAAGUGGACUAUCAUUAUCCAUGGUACCGUAAAGCGCAGGAGCUUCGAAACGCGGGGAUUUGGUUCCAAGAAAGCGAAACCCCUCGGCUCACCGACGUUGGUUUCAGCCGGAGACUCUUCAUGGGAAAACUAUGGCUACCACGGAUCAUGGUGGACGACUCGACGGGGACUAGGUUCAUGAACUUGAUAGCCUACGAAAUGUGCCCGGAUUUCGAAAACGACUUCACCGUCACAUCCUACAUCUGUUUCCUCGACGAGCUCAUCGACGACGCCGGCGACGUUAAACUGUUGAGAAACGAUGGGGUGCUCCACAAUGUGCUAGGCAGUGAUGAAGAAGUGGCUAAGCUUUUCAACACCAUGAGCACCGUGUUGGUUCCGAGCCCGGAGAUUUACCUCGACGUGAAGCUGCAGAUUGAGGAUCAUUGCCGGAGAAAGUGGAUCAGACAUGCAGCUCAAGCUUAUCUGACCUAUUUUAGUAGCCCUUGGACGUUUAUAGCAUUUAUGGGUGCCAAUGCUGCACUUCUCAUGAGUGCCAUUCAGACUUAUUACGCCAUUAUUUCAGCAAAGUAA